AUGGUCCGUCUACAGUCCUCCGCCGCCGGCGUGCUCGCGCUGCUCACCGAACCAGAGCCGCUGCUGAAACAACAUGCGCUGAAGAGCCUGAGCUCGAUGGUGCCCCAGUUCUGGGCGGAAAUCUCAGAGCAUAUCACUCUCAUUGAGUCGCUGUAUGAAAGCGACGAGCUCGCCCAGGGGGCACGCGAUGUCGCUGCUCUCGUCGCGAGCAAAGUGUAUUAUUACCUUGGGGAGUACGACGAAGCAUUGUCCUUCGCUCUCAGCGCAGGGAGCGCGUUCGAGGCAGAUAGCCGCGUGCCUGGAGCUGAGGAAUAUGUAGAAACGAUUGUUUCCAAGGCGAUCGACAGGUACAUCGGGGCACGCACGGCGGAGCAGUCUGCGCAAGCCAAGAUUGAUCCUAAACUUCAAGGGAUCAUUGAGGGUAUUUUUAGACGCUGUAUAGCGGAUGGGGAAUACCGACAGGCAAUAGGCAUUGCCUUAGAGUCCCGACGCCUAGACGUGAUACAACACAUAUAUGAGGGCACGCGUGAUGUCAGCCUGCUCUCGUACACUAUGGACGCCGUUCUUGACACGGGAUUCCCUCUCGUAUACCGAGACCAAGUCCUUCGUUUCUUGCUCCCUCUAUUCCCUCCGCCCACUAGCGAGACGAAGUCACCCCACGUUCACUCAAUCACACGUCUCCUCGUGACCCUCAGCGCACCUGAGUUGACCAUACCUCUUCUGACAUCGCUCGUGCCGAAGGACAGCCUCCUGGCGUAUCAGAUUGCAUUCGACUUGGUGGAAGGUGGUUCACAAGACUACCUCGAGGCUAUCAGGAAGGACUUGCCGGAAGGCCAGAGUGAGACGAAGGCGAUUUACGACAAACUGCGGAGAAUAUUGCUGGGUCAGGAAUCCAUCAAACUGUACCUCGAGUUCUUAAAGCGUAAUAACAAGGUUGACAUGUUAAUUUUGAAGAACACAAAGGACUCUCUGGAGCCCCGGUCAUCAAUAUACCAUGUCGCACUCAGUUUGCAGAAUGCUUUCAUGCACUCGGGCACGACUUCUGAUGUGUUCCUGCGCGAAAACCUAGAAUGGCUGGCUUUAGCAUCAAAUUGGGCAAAGUUCUCCGCGACUGCUGCUCUUGGUGUCAUUCACAAGGGUCAUUUCGAGGAGAGCAUGAACAUUCUCGGCCCGUACCUUCCGCAACAGGGUGGCCAGGAUAGUGGUAUUCCUGGUGCGGCAUACUCAGAAGGCGGGGCACUCUACGCUCUCGGUCUCGUAAACGCUGGUUUCGGUAGUGGGCGCCAAGUUGAGGGGUACCUGCGCGACACAUUGAAAGCGGCGCAGAACGAGGUCGUGCAACACGGUGCAGCUCUGGGUCUGGGUGUGGCUGGAAUGGGCGGCAAGAACAGCGAGACAUACGAUGAAUUGAAGCAGACGCUCUUCACCGACUCGGCGAUUGCUGGUGAGGGCGCUGGCUACUCGAUGGGUCUCAUUAUGCUGGGAACGGCAGAUGCUGCUGCUGCGGACGAGAUGUUGCAGUAUGCACGGGAGACGCAGCAUGAGAAAAUCAUCCGUGGCAUUGCAAUCGGCUUGGCCUUCAUCUACUACGGAAGGCAGGAAGAGGCAAAUGGCAUAAUUGAGACCUUACUCGGUGAGAAGGAUCCUAUUCUGCGAUAUGGUGGUGUCUACACGCUUGCCCUUGCAUACGCUGGCACGUCCAAUAACACGGCCAUCCGGAAGCUCUUGCAUAUCGCUGUGUCGGAUACGUCAGAUGACGUCCGCAGGGCCGCCGUUACGUCGAUAGCGUUCCUACUCUUCAAGAAUCCGGCGCAGGUACCACGGAUCGUGCAGCUUCUCAGUGAGAGCUACAACCCCCAUGUACGAUGCGGUGCGACACUUGCUUUGGGAAUCGCGUGUGCGGGAACGGGUAUGCAGGAUGCCGUUGACAUUCUUGAGCCGUUGACCAAGGAUGGCGUCGACUUCGUCCGUCAAGGCGCCUUCAUUGCUCUGGGCAUGGUGUUGGUUGAGCAAUCCGAAGCCUCAACACCGUCGCUCGCAUCAACUCGGGCCUUGUACUCGAAGAUUGUCGCGGACAAGCAUGAGGAUCCAAUGGCGCGCUUUGGUGCUGCUAUUGGCCAAGGCUUGAUCGAUGCAGGCGGCCGGAAUGUCACCAUCAGCUUGCAGAGCCGCGCUGGCAGCCGUAACACGAACGCAAUAGUGGGAAUGGUACUGUUCUGCCAGUUCUGGUACUGGUACCCGCUGGCGCACUGCGCGUGUCUUGCGUUCGAUCCCACUGCCAUUAUCGGGCUCGACGGUACAUUGCAGGCACCGAACUUUGAAUUUGUUUCGAACGCAAAGCCGAGCUUGUUCGCAUACCCGGCGCCGAUGAAACCCCCAAAGAAAGAGGCCGUCGCAAAGGUCGCGACUGCAGUAUUGUCUACCACUGCUAAGGCAAAGGCAAGGGAAAAGAAAAAGGCUGUGGCAGAGGGAGCAGAGGCAAUGGAAACAGAUGACAAGCUCGACGCUAGAAAAGACAGUGAUGUCGAGAUGAAGCCCGAAGAGCCUUCAUCGUCGACGCCGAAGCGCAAGGAGCCCUCAUUUGAGAAGUUGUCCAAUUUCGCGCGAGCUGUUCCUGCACAAAUGCCCUACAUCAGCUUCCCUGCAGACAGCAGAUAUCAGCCAGUGAGAGCUGUAUCAACCCGCAGCGCACCGAUUGGCAAGGGUCACAAAGCGGCCUCCAGAUCCGCUGUCGUUGCAGGCCUGACCUCAGAGAGAUAUGCUGGUGGAGGUGGUAUUCUUAUUCUACAAGACCUACGUCCUGAGGAGGAGCCCGACUACAUCGAGUUUGAGACGCAGACGAUCAUCGCUGCAAACCAGGCAGUGCCAGUAUCUGACGAUAGACCAGCACACGUAUCCGAGGGACGUCACAUAUCACUGGAUGAGAGUGCACCUGAAGCCACUCCCCCAGAAUCGUUCGAGGUAUCUCGCAUCUCAGUCGAUACCUACACCGACACAAUUGCCGACGAAGAUGCCCUUGUCGAACGCCUGCUGCCGUAUACGAUCGUAUGCGCGAUGAGGGAGCGAACGAAAUUCCCGGCAUCAUUACUGGACAGGCUGCCCAACCUACGGCUGAUUGCCACCACGGGGAUGCGAAACGCCGGAAUCGACGUCGUCCAUGCGAAGAGCAAGGGUAUCAUUGUUUCUGGGUCAGGGGGCAGAGGUCAUUCGACCUUGGAGCACAUAUGGGCUCUCAUCCUGGCCACGGCGAGAUAUGUCGCCAUCGAGCAUGUCAACGUGAGAAGCAAAAAGGACCCUUGGCAGUCCACCUUACCAACAGGACUUGCUGGGAAGACUCUGGGCUUAGUGGGGGUCGGCAAUUUAGGCUCAAAGACGGCCAAGAUUGGCAAAGCUUUUGACAUGGAGGUCGUCGGGUGGUCGCCUAAUCUGACGCCACAGCGAGCGGCCGAAGCCGGUGUGAAGUACAUCGCAUCCAAGGAGGAACUUCUCAAAAUCAGCGAUGUCGUUUCACUUCAUAUGGUGCUCUCAGAGCGUACCCACCACAUGAUUACCGCCACAGAUCUAUCCUUGAUGAAACCGACUGCUAUUUUCGUGAAUACGUCCAGAGGUCCUCUUGUCGAGGAGUCUGCUCUAGUGCAGAUUUUGCACCAGAAGCGGAUUGCCGGAGCUGGAUUGGAUGUGUUCGAGGUUGAGCCAUUACCUCUCGACCAUCCUCUCCGUGAGUUGGACAAUGUCACUCUAACACCUCAUAUGGGAUAUGUGAGCGACGAUAAUUACGGUGCAUUCUGGUCGGACACCGUGGACAACAUCGCGGCUUUCCUGGCUGGGAAACCCAAACGAGUACUGGCUUGA